UUAGUUUAUAUUUUUAUCGUUAGGAUUUUGUUUUUGAGAACAACAACAGCUGUAAUAAAAAAGUAAAUAGCGUGUUUCACUUAGAUACUGACGUACACAUACUGUUAGUUUCAGUUGUUGUUAAAAGUGAAGUACGUAGAAGUGACGUAUCUGCACUGUUUUUAAAUCGAUAGCUUUAGUUUUAUUUCGUGUUGUUGUUGCUAAUUGUUCUUGGUGCUUGUUGGGUGUUUGAAACCUACCAUGAAAUGUUCAUAUCUAGAUUGCGAAAGUUCAAAAAGGACUUCAUCGUUUGUUUCAUAUUUCUCAGUUCCGAAUGGCGCUAGAAGAAUAAUUUGGAUGAGACAUUCUGGUAAAAAAGAUCCGGAUGAUAAAAAAUUAUAUUAUUGCGAGAAACAUUUCUAUACGAAAGAUAUUAUAGUGCGGGGAACACAUAAGUGUUUAAAAAAAAAUGCCGUCCCAAUUUCGAAUCCAUCCAAAUCCAAUUGUAAAUGUACUGAAAAUGUAUUUGAUAAGGACUGCAUGCUAGUAUUGAAUUCGAUGUUAGUGGAAAUAAAGAAACCAACGAAACCUGGAAACAAAACUAUUGUUGACAAAGCAUUAUUCUGCCCGACAACAGAUGACAGUAAAAAGUCAGUCCAUAACCUUAUUGUUUCAAAUGCUUUGCCCAAAUCCACCGAAGCAAAAAUUAAUAUCUCAAAACACUCUGGUGGAUCCUCUGAAUUUCCUAGCGGCAGUAUGAACAUUGAUGAACAAAUUCAAAUUGCAAGUGAUGAGAAGAAAAUACAAUGCCUUGAGGCAGUUAUCGAGUACACAAGUCAAAUGCAAAAAAUUGUCAAACAAAGAGGCGGCUUGAAUUCCAUUAUCCAAGCUAACAACCAUCUGAUAAAACUCUUGGAUACAACAGUUUACGAAUGGUUUCAGCGAGCCCAAAAACGCGUCGAAAUUGGUGUAAUUAACGAUGAAAUGUUUAUUGAAACAGCAUUAAAAACUAAGAAGAUAUUUUGCAUUCAGAAUUUUGAACCAAAUGAGGAAUGGCUGAGCAAGUUUAAAACAAAUAACAAGAUAACCGAUUUGGAUAUGAGAUUGUUGCACAUUCAAAAUAACAGCUCUCCGCCUUCUGUGGAAAUUAAUGAAAUAAUUUUGUAUGUUCUUAGGAGAAACCCUUUGACGAACUUUUUCUUCACCAAAAUUCCUAAAGAUUGUACAAUAUCUAAAAAAGCAAAUGAUAUUGAAAUGAAAAUACAAAAUGAUAUGGAAAUUCCAAUUUCGGCAGAAGAUAUUGAAACGAUUAUGAAAACUGAAGAUGAAGAAGAAUUCUUUAGACUAGAAAAAGAAGAAGAUGAAGAUGAUAAUCAAAUGGUGGUGGAUAGGUUAGCCAUUUCGAGUGAUGAAGAAGCUCGAUACCAUCUUAAACCGAUAGAAGAAUAUGUUCUGCUAAAGGACAAUGUUCGAGCUAUGGCACUAAUCACCGAAUUAAUGGACAUUUUUUCCACUGAUAAACCAAAUGACGACACAUAAUUAGAACAUAUAGAAAC